AUGGAAGAUCUCAACACAUUUGCAGCUGAUUGCGUCGUUGUAUCGUGUUGUUGCAACUGUCUUGUUCUCCAGAUCGCGAUCUUCAUCUUUCUUGGACUUCCUCAAAAGCUUGUCAAGAAUUCAAGAAAGUGUUAUGCGAAAUGGGGAAUAAAUCGAAGAGUAAAAAGAUUAGGGCUCGGUUGCGAAUGUCAAGAAAAUACCGUGGUUGACUCGGAAUGGAGAAAAGAGUCUUUGAGUAUGGAGAUGGAAGGUUUUGGGUGUAUUGAAGAAGUUGAAAGAGCUUUAGAGGAGUUUUCAAAGAAUGGUGAGUUUUUGUUUGGAAGCUUUUGGGGAAAAGAGAGGCUUCAAAAUUCUUCGUCAAUGUCAAGUUAUGUUAAUGACAACUUUGACAUAAGAUUUGUAAGUGGUUAUGAUAUAAUCGAAGAAAAAUUCUACUCCUUGGAUUAUAAUUAUAUAUUCACAACUUCACAUAAAUUAUAUUGA